CCAAUGUACCAAAACUUUAAAACCAUUUCACCAUCUUCUUCCUCAUCAUCAUUGAACGACUUUAAUAACGACGAAGACAUCUAUGGCGACUAUAAUAAUAAUAACAAUAAUAAUAAUAAUAAUAAUAAUCAUAAUAACCAAAAUAGUAAUAUUAAUUAUAAUUCUUAUAGCAAUAAUAAUAAUAAUAAUGAAAGAUAUUCAUACUCACCAACUAAAAAAUAUAAAUCAAACAAUGUUAGUUGCCUUAUAGAAGGUGGUGAAACAAAAACCAUCAAUCUUUCAAACAUCAACAAUCUAAAUGAACUUAGAAAAGAACUAUCAAACCUCUUCACAUUAAUGUCAUUUUCAAUAUCAUUCUCUCACUACUCACAACAAAAACAACAAGAAUCGGAAAUAGAAUUGAACAUAUCGGGCAAAGAAAAUUGGGACGAAUUCUGCGGCAAAAUUGAUAAAAUCUAUAUUAGACCAGUCAAUAUAACUCCUGAAAUUAGAAACCUAAUAAAUUGUUAAUAGUAACAAUUUAAUAUUAUGUAAAUUUUUUAUUGCAACUUAUAAAAAUAAACAAAUUAGUUGUUUAUACAUAUACAUAACGAAUAAAUUUUUUUUAAUUUUAAAAAUAAAAUUACUUUUACAAUUACUUUU